GCCGGGUGCUCUCAGACCUCAGUUGCAAGCUGGGAGUCGUGCUAUACAGGCGACCACACACUAGCUCCUGCCCUAAGCAUAUCUGCGUAUUUAAUUUUUUGUAGAAGUUACAACAAGCCCAUCAACAAACAUGAGAGAAAUCGUCCACCUGCAAACCGGCCAGUGCGGCAACCAGAUUGGAACCAAGUUCUGGGAAAUCAUCAGCGAUGAGCACGGACUCACCCCCAGCGGGACGCUCAGGGACGGUGUCCCUCAGGACGUGCGUGAGCUACAGAUGGAGCGCGUCAACGUGUACUACAGCGAGGGCACGACAGGCAAGUACGUUCCUCGCGCCAUUUUGGUUGAUCUCGAACCUGGCACCAUGGACGCUGUCAGAGCUGGCUCUCUGGGCAAGCUCUUCAAGCCUGAACACUACGUUUUUGGUCAGAGCGGCGCAGGCAACAACUGGGCAAAGGGCCACUACACAGAAGGAGCUGAGCUCGUUGACGGCGUCCUCGAUGUCGUCAGGAAAGAGGCAGAGAACUGCGACUGCCUGCAGGGCUUCCAGCUCACCCACUCCCUCGGAGGCGGUACUGGUUCCGGUCUCGGAACUCUGCUCGUCUCUAAAGUCCGCGAAGAGUUCCCCGACCGUAUCAUGAAUACCUUCUCCGUUGUACCUUCCCCCAAGGUAUCCGACACUGUCGUCGAGCCGUACAACGCCACCCUUUCCAUCCACCAGCUCGUUGAGAACACCGAUGAGACAUUCUGUAUUGAUAACGAAGCACUGUACGAUAUUUGCUUCAGGACCCUUAAGCUCAUGAAUCCCACUUACGGAGAUCUGAACCAUUUGGUCUCACUCACCAUGUCCGGUGUGACCACCUGCCUUAGGUUCCCUGGUCAGCUGAACGCUGAUCUCCGUAAGUUAGCUGUUAACAUGGUUCCUUUCCCUCGUCUUCACUUCUUUAUGCCAGGCUUUGCACCCCUUACAGCUCGCGGCUCCCAACAGUACCGCGCUCUCAGUGUUCCCGAACUCACCCAACAGAUGUUCGACGCCAAGAACAUGAUGGCAGCUUGCGACCCUCGACAUGGUCGAUACCUAACCGUAGCUGCUAUUUUCAGAGGAAAGAUGUCCAUGAAGGAAGUCGAUGAACAAAUGUACAACAUCCAGAGCAAGAACUCCCCAUACUUCGUUGAAUGGAUCCCCAACAACGUAAAGACUGCAGUUUGCGACAUUCCUCCUCGUGGAAUCAAGAUGGCCGCUACCUUCAUCGGAAACUCGACCGCUAUCCAAGAGCUCUUCAAGCGCAUCUCGGAGCAGUUCACCGCUAUGUUCAAGCGUAAGGCUUUCUUGCAUUGGUACACUGGUGAGGGUAUGGACGAAAUGGAGUUCACUGAAGCCGAAUCCAACAUGAACGACUUGGUGUCCGAGUAUCAGCAGUACCAGGAAGCCACCGCCGAAGAAGAAGAAGACAUCGGCGAAUAUGACGACGAGCAGGAACAAGAGAGGGCUUAAGCAAUUCCGUUUGAUUUCUUGCAAGCAAAAUCCAUGAUACUCUUAGCUGCUUCCAUUCCGCUAACUAAUGUAUGUUCUCCGGACGGGAAAAUCUAUAAAUAAAAUUUUAUUUUUGUCCAUGCUUGGUAUGCUUAAGCAUAUCUAAAAAACGAAAAGCGCUUCCUUGAGUGCCUUUUUUUAACUGUCAAAGCUUUCAUUUCUCUUAAUACUCUCAUUCUAAUAUUUAUUUCACUCUAAGCACCUAACAUUAAUAUCACUCUUCAUCUUUCAAACACAUUAACAUUUGAUUGGCCCAUCUUACAGGCCACACCUCCCUAAAGUCAUUCUCAGCACAAUUAGGUUAAUAAUGCCUUCGUGCGCCAAGCUUACUUUACGGUCAUCGAUGAGAUAAUACGUGCAUCUAGUUGUCUGAUUCUUUGCCUCCCGGCAACUUGACAAAUUUCUGUUGCUUAUAUGACGAUUUGAAUUGACAACAUUUUCCCAAAAAAUGUCGAUCAGGUCAUCUUUCGUUUCUAGUUUCUUGAUGUUUUUACCUCGUAGAAAAUUCUAGAACGUUCGCGAUCUGGGAUUAUCUAACUAGAAAAACUUCAAAGCAAACAAUUCGGUGCAAUACAUAUAAUGAAUAAA